AUGUUUUUCCGAAACAUAUACCUUGCAUUUUAUCUCUUCUUCCGUCUUUCCCUGGCGGCGUUAAUAUCGGUAUCUAUGGACAACACUGUACCAACCCAUCCAGACGGCAACCCUAAAAUCUACCUUUGGAGUUCGAUCGCGACAUUCAACUCAGACCUCUCCGACGGACAAAUUGUGGCAAUAGCUGAAGAUGGAUAUAAAUCCAUGCUCCAAGGCGCAUUUGCAAACAAUUAUGAAGAACAGAUGCCUUUUGUCAUGACGGCAUUAGCCCAUAAAGUUGAAAAUGGCCCAACGACCGUCUAUCUUGCGUCAUCGGCAAAGGGUUCCGGAUCUUUAGUCUAUAAGGUUACGAAGUAUAUGAACAAACCCUGCAACGGUGCGGUGUGGGGAAGAGUGCCGAAUUCACUGAAGAAUGCCCUCGAUACGUGCAAAAAUGAUCUGAGCACAUCGGCAAAGCAGCACCAAUUCGAUGCCAAAUGUGGCGAAAUGAAUGCUCUGCUGGAGGUCUAUGCCAGUACUCAAAUAGAUCCCCGAAGCAUGGGAGGUCAUUUCAGAAUUGUGACGUGGCAGGGCAGAUAUACUGAUACUGGAAUAUACCGGGGCGGUAGAAUUAAGGCUCCUUGCUGGAAGGACGAUGGAAUUGGAUGCAGUGAUACUUUGGAGGCGCUCACUUUCGAUAUGGACGUGAUUAAAACGCAACGCGAGAGCUACGCCAAUAAUAUGCCCGUGAGCGUGACCUCACAGGGGAUUUUUCGCUCGGAGGUAUCUCGUGCACAAUCCAGGGGGUAG